AUGCAAGUGGUUGUGGGGAACAAGCGGCACAGGGAGAGGGAGCAGCAGCGGGGUGUGGGGGGAGAGCGGCCAUGUGUGAGUGGAAGGCCACAGCAGGCGGUGCAGGAUGAGGGAGGGGCAGCACCAGCAGCAGCACCACCACCAUCAUCACCCCCACCACCACCAGCACCACCAACUGCAGCAGCAGCAGCACGACCCGUCAUUGCGUCACCGGCGGCAGCAGUCCUUUCCGCUGCCGUCCCGUGGCAGCACAGAGACAGAGAGCGCCACGUCAUCAUGGACGUCAUCAGGCGCCGUCAGCGAAGGGCGGCACGUGGGGCAGCGGAAGGGGCGGUUCACGGGAGGCAUGGGCAUGGACGGUCUGGGGGGCGGCAUGUCACAUCAGGUCAUGUCACAUGGGGGCAUGUCACAUCAGUCACAGGCAAUCCAGACCCUCCCCCUGGCCCGUCCGCUGCCCUCUCCCUCUUCCUUUCCGCCACACCCAUGACUGCUCCUUCCGCUGCUCACCUUCCCCCUUCGGAAAUCCCUCCUGCCGCUCCCCCCAUCCCCUCCGCUCCCCCCAUCCCCUCCGCUCUCCCCAUCCCCCCCGCUCCACGAACUUCCCCUUCCGCUACCCCCAUCUCCCCCUCCGCGCUCCUAGGCGCGCUCUCCUCCCUCCAGUCAAAGAUAUCCGCGUUACAGGUGCUGGUUCCGCUAGUGGCACAAUCCGCGCCGUCCGAGGCGCUGCAGCAGCAACAGGAGGUGGCAGCGGUGGGGGUAGCGACGGUGAUUCAGCAGGUGGCGGCGGCAGCAGUGGGGUUGCUGCCUCCGCACCUGCAGCAGCAGCUUGUGGUGCCGGAUAUUGCUGGCGUGGUUUACCGGGGGAGGGGGGGUGCUUCAGAGGCGCCUGCGAAUGCGCAGCAGCAGCAGCAGCAGCAGCAGCAGCAGCAGCAGCAACAGCAACAGUAUCAACAGCAGCAGCAGCAGUCGCAGCAACAGCAGCACCAACAGCAACAGCAACAGCAACAGCAACAGCAACAGCAACAGCUACAGCAACAGCAACAGCAACAGCAGCAGCAGCAGCAACAGCAGCAGCAACAGCAGCAGCAACACCAGCAGCAGCAGCAGCAGCAGCAGCAGCAGCAGCAGCAGCAGCAGCAGCAGCAGCAGCAGCAGCAGCAGCAGCAGCAGCAACAGCAACAGCAGCAACAGCAACAACAACAGCAACAGCAACAGCAACAGCAGCAGCAGCAGCAACAGCAACAGCAACAACAACAGCAACAGCAACAGCAGUACCACUAUCAGCACGACAAUCCAUAUCAGCAGCAGCAGGAACAGAACCAGUAUGAGCAGCAGCAGCAACAACAGCAACAGCAAUAUCAUUAUCAGCAUCAAAACUCAAAUCAGCAGCAGCAGCAACAGAAGCAAAAUUAUCAGCAGCAACAGCAGCGGCAGGUGCAGGUGGGCCUUCCAAACGAGAGCAACAGCAGCAGCAGCAGCAGCAGGAGGAGCAGCAGCAAGAAGAUUUGCUGCCUCAGAUUGAGUUGCUGCGAAGUGAAGGAGGAGGUGCAGGCCAUGGAUGACGUCAGCAUGGGCGGUGGUGAUGACAUCAAGGUGACGCCCAUGCCAUUACAUGGAACCUAUUAUGGGGCACCUGAGGGGGCACCUGAGGGGGCACAUGAGGGGGCACAUGAGGGGCCACCUGAUAGAGCUGCUUACGAUAUUGCUGCGUAUGAUGUUGGUGCGUUGGAUGGUGGCGCUGAUGGUGGUGCCAUGGCAUGUCAAGCAGUUGUUGAUGCCACAGCUUCACAUGGUAGUAACCCCGUGGUAUCAAGUGGUAACACGAGAGCAUCGCAUGAUAGCGCAAUGGUAUUGUAUGAAAACGCCAUGGCAUCUCAGGGUAGUGGCAUGCCGCCCAGUGGUAACCGCAUGGUAUCAAGUGGUAACACCACAGCAUUGCAGGAUAACACCAGAGCAUCGCAGAGUAACGCCAUGGUACUGUGUGAUAACGCCAUGGCAUCUCAGAGUAGUGGCAUGCCGCCCAGUGUCAGCAUGGGCGGCGCAAGCAGCAGUCAGGGCGGCAGCAUAGGUGUGGGCGGCAGUGUUCUGGGCGGCAGCGCGAUGUGCGACAGCGUUUUGGGCGGCGGCAGCGUUUUGGGCGGCAGCGGCAGCAUGGGUGUGAGUAGAGGCAGGAUACGAGGGAGCAGAGGAGGGGGUAGGGCCGGGGGGAGGAAGGGAGGGGGCGGAGGAGGAAGAGAAUUAGGCAGGGUUGGAGCAAGAGGGGGAAGCAUUUUAUCAGCAGGCAGAAGGGAAGGGGAAGAGAUUGAGGGGCAGGUGGCUAGACGAUCAAAACUUGGGAUUUUUGUUAAGGCUGAGAGUCAAAUGGGCGAUGGGAGUGAUGAGGAGGAAGAGGAGGAGGAGGGGGACGAGGAGGAGGAAGGGGGGGAGAGGGGCAGUGACGGGGUGACACGUGGCGGGUUUGAAUUGGUGGAACUGCAAGUGGACGAGCUGCUAGCAGAGCACACUCUCUUCUGUGAGGUGCGUUGUUGA